GUGUGUGUGUUGUACGCAGUGUGUGUGCGCGCGCUUGCACACGCCUGCCGCACGCGGGGCGGGGGGCUGCCAGCCAGCGCCCCUCCGCCCUUUGCUCGCCCAGCUGUUUCUAUAGGAACCGAGGCAGCGCCCGGGCCCCUCCGGCCGAGGCCCCGGCGCGAGCAUGCCCAGUGGAAGCCGCUAGUUUGGCUCCAGUAGAGGUUUCCAGUAAGUGGCCUGCGGGACUCCGGAGGGAUCCCAAUGAGCUGAGCGGAGUCUUUGUGUGCAGAGGGAGGAGGCGGUGGCGGCGGCCGCCCGGCCUGGAGCCCCCGCCCGGGGAGCCCCCGGCAGGAACAAUGCUGGCCUGCCUGACCCGGGGGAACUUACUGGACGUCCUGCAGGAGGGCUUCAAUGAGCAACAGCUCCAGGCGUACGUGGCCUGGGUGAACGCACAGCUCAAGAAGAGGCCAGCAGUGAAGCCCGUGCAGGACCUGCGGCAGGAUCUUCGGGAUGGGGUGAUCCUGGCGUAUCUCAUCGAGAUUGUUGCGGGAGAAAAGUUGAAUGGGGUACAGCUGAGUCCCAGUAACCAACAGGAGAUGAAGAACAAUGUGGAAAAAGUGCUACAGUUUGUGGCCUCCAAAAAGAUUCGGAUGCACCAGACUUCGGCUAAAGAUAUUGUGGAAGGAAACCUGAAGUCUAUCAUGAGGCUGGUCCUUGCCUUGGCAGCGCAUUUCAAACCUGGCUCCAACCGGACAGUGAGCCAAGGACGGGACUCCAGAGCCCCUCUGCAGGCUCACCAGCCACACUGUGCCACCGCGGUGGCCCAGGGAGCGGCUGCCGCUCUGGCUGAUGUGUGUCAUGACAUGUCACGGUCCGGACGGGAUGUCUUUCGAUACAGACAGAGGAACAGCAGUGUGGACGAGGAGAUUGAGAACCCGUACUGGAGCGUGCGGGCGCUGGUGCAGCAGUACGAAGGGCAGCGGAGGUCCCCGUCCGAGUCCAGCUGUCACAGCCUGACUUCACCCAGUCCUAUCCACAGCGCAAAGAGCGAGUCCAUUAUAACCCAGUCGGAAGAGAAGGCAGAUUUUGUGAUUAUUCCCUCUGGAGGAAUACAGAACAGAACAGAGGAGACAGACUCUCCGUUUUCCCGAGACUGGCGGCCAGGCAGCCCUGGGACCUGUCUGGAGACCUCAUGGGAAGAACAGCUGCUGGAACAGCAAGAACAUUUGGAAAAAGAGAUGGAGGAAGCAAAGAAAAUGAUUUCAGGAUUACAGGCCUUACUGCUCAAUGGAUCCUUACCUGAAGAUGAACAGGACAGGCCCUUGGCCUUCUGUGAACCGGGAGGCAAUCCUGAGGAACAACUGAUUAUAAUCCAAAGUCGUCUGGAUCAGAGUAUGGAGGAGAAUCAGGACCUAAAGAAGGAGCUGCUGAAAUGUAAACAAGAAGCCAGAAACUUACAGGGGAUAAAGGAUGCCUUACAGCAGCGGCUGACUCAGCAGGACGCGUCAGUUCUUCAGCUCAAACAGGAACUGCUGAGGGCAAACAUGGACAAAGACGAGCUGCACAACCAGAAUGUGGAUCUGCAGAGGAAGCUCGAUGAGAGGAACAGGCUCUUGGGAGACUAUAAAAAAGAGCUGGGCCAGAAGGAGCGCCUCCUGCAGCAGCACCAGGCGAAGCUGGAAGACGCACUCCGGAAACUCUCCGAGGCCAGUUACCAGCAGGUGGACCUAGAGCGGGAGCUGGAGCACAAAGACGUCCUUUUGGCUCACUGUAUGAAAAGAGAGGCAGACGAGGUGACCAGCCACAGCAGACACAACUCUCAAAGCAAUGGUUUCCUCCUUCCAGCCGCAGGAAAAGGAGCUGCUCCAGUCACUCACAAAGGGACCAGCGAUCUGCAGCUGGUCCGGGACGCCCUCCGCAGCCUGCGCAACAGCUUCAGUGGCCACGAUCCUCAGCACCACACCAUCGACAGCUUGGAACAGGGCAUCUCCAGCCUGAUGGAGCGCCUGCACGCCAUGGAGACGCAGAAGAAACAGGACAGGAGGGAUUUUUGUGUGGCUCCUCAGGUUCGGGGCAAGUCACCCAGAACUCAAGCAGGUAGUGAACACCGGGAAUCCUGGCCCCCUAACUCAAAGCUGCCUCACUCACAGAGCUUCCCGGCCGUCAGCAGCACCUGCACUAAAGUGCUCUAUUUCACUGACCGGUCACUUACACCCUUCAUGGUCAAUAUACCAAAGAGGCUGGGGGAGGUGACACUAAAGGACUUUAAAGCAGCUAUUGACCGGGAGGGGAGUCACCGGUAUCAUUUUAAAGCGCUGGAUCCUGAGUUCGGCACCGUCAAAGAGGAGGUUUUCCACGAUGACGAUGCCAUCCCUGGCUGGGAAGGGAAAAUUGUAGCCUGGGUGGAAGAAGACCAUGGGGAGAAUUAAUGCGGAGUAUUAUUAGAUUGGGGCCUUCUGGAACGUGGCACCCCCUGGCUGGUUCACUCAGGAAAGAGGACUCAAACCAGAAUACACUAAGAAGUUUCUCGUUCGUGCCAACAAAGCAGAAGCUUCUCCAAGCGUAACAGCCCCAGGCCGGUAGUGUUUCUGUGCCUGGCAUUUGUGGUACUUAAAACCCGUUACCUGUCGACCAUGGGUCCAUCUGGAGCUCCUUGUCCGUGGGAACACGGUGUUUUACUCUGAGGACAACAAACCGAAGGCCUUAACCAAUGGGAAUGGAUGACCCGGCUCCUGUGGGGGCGUGGCUGCUAUGACCUGGAACCUGGGAAUUGGAUGCAUCGCUCCUGUGUGCCGCAGUGGUCUUUUCAUUGGCCUCAAUGGUUGCAGCGAUCAGAGUCCCGGCAUUUGUACUCACAGACAAGGCAAAGGUACCAGCUGUCCUGCGUCUUUGCAGCUAUUGCAAACCAAGAAUAACUCAUGAGGUGGUACCAAAGAUGAAAGCCCACUCUUCAGGAAUUUUUCAGACCAGACGCGGACGGUGCUGAACUGUUGACUGGGCGGAAAAACGCGCUGCCCGUAUUGUGCUGUCGUCGCUGAAACCGCGAUUGAGUAGGACCUUGGGGCUGCCUCUUGUGUCGGAACUGGUUCUGCAACUCGUCCUUGAGCCCACAGAGGGCGGGACUCACGUACUGCCGGUUUUCUCUGGGGACUCUGUCACCGUGGAGCCAUGUUUCCCCCUUCCAGCCGACGAACUUUGUGUUUGAAAGGAAUAAGGAGUUCGUCUCCUUAAAAAUCCAGGCGGGUUUGGAAAGGUGCUGCUACCCAUGUUUUCUGGACUUUCUCUCAUGACUUCCUGUAGCUUGUGGCAUCUCCUCUGCAGUCGAAGGGAGACAGACCAUUAAUGUCAGUACUUGUGAUUUAUGAGUACUGAGCAUGCGUUACUGGUCUGCCCCUCCUCAUUUCAAGGCCAGAGUUAUUUUCUACUAUAUAUUUAGACUAGUUUGAUCCUUUAGGGCACAAUAGGAACCAUGGGGCAUGGAGCAUGAGUUAUGAAUGGCAGGGUUGAUUCUGGGUAAAAGACCUAGAAUCCUUUCUCAUGUGCAACACUGUCAAGUGCAGAUGCUAAAAAAAAAAAGAGUUAAACGUCCAGAGAUUACUUAAUAACUAGGGUUUUCUCAGUCAUUUACCAAGCACCGUCAACUGAUCAGCCAUAUGUAUAUAUAUGUAUGUAAGCACACACACACACACACACACACACACACACAAAACAGCCUGUGACCACUGCCAACCAGAAGAGUCAGACAUGUCAGUUCCGGGUUCUUGAUCUGUCUGUCUCUGUUUCAUCUCCCUUUUCCAGCUGUUUUAACCAACUACUCCUUGGAGCUCUGAAGUGACAUUUUGUUGUUUUAUAUAGAUGUGUCUUUUAAAAAUAGUUCAUGUUUGGAGAAUUCUUUUGUACUCAUUUGCCUUUUGUCUGAGAACCAUGUCUAUUUUUAUAACUUGAGUGUGAGUUCCUAUGUUCUCACAUUCUGUACACUGUCCAUUUUCUAGAGAACCCAGUAGCUUUUAUACAGGCUCUUCUCUUCUUAGCCCGUGUGGUUUCAGAACAAGCUUUAUUUUACUACAAGUACGCUGAUGACAGCUAACUCCUGGUUCUAAUUCUACCUGCCAUUUUCCUUGUGGAGGUAGUUUUACAUAAUCUAUUUGAUUGCUGCUCUGGCAGAUGGCAGGAGCGCAUACGAUACCUGAUUAUCUUUCAGUAACUUCACUUGAUCUUCUCCUUUUGAAGAAUUUCUCAUCAGAAGUGACUGGGAAAGCUUGGGAAAGUCCCUCAAAAGCAAAAAUAAUACAUUAUGAAGCAAACAGAAGAAAACAGUAUAUUCUGAGUAUCCCCCCCGCCCCCAAGAAGUCUGGAGUAAAAGUCCUCAUGUCACUGAUUUCUCUGUUGCAUGGAUUUUAGUGUUUUGCUAUCAGACAGCAUGAGGGCUGUCAGGCCAAAAUUCAUUACUGUAUUUCCAGUACAAUUGAUCUUGAAUAUCUGUCUCAUCAGUUAUUUACUUGUCAGUUUUCUUUGAGCAAACGUCCUUACCGUUAUACAGAAUUUAACUUUUCAGAGAAAAUUAAAUGAGAGAAGAUGUCAAGUACUCUGCUUUAUUUGGCUUCUAUAGCUCUGUCCUUGGAGGAGGAGAGGCAUGGCCUUAGUGCCUCCACAGACAUCUGAAGUCAUUCCCCCUUGAGCUCAUGAAUCUCCUAUGCCACAGGCAAUAACUAAACACCCCGAUUACAGGAUGUCACCCCAGUUAAUUCUUGCGUACAGUGUACUGGUAAUCCUCAUUCCAGUUUCUGAAGACCAGAACCUUCUGAGGAAGUGUUGUGCUUUGGUUCCUUUUGGUUUGAUUCCUGUUUGUUACUCGUUGGCUGCCCUCGAAGCCUCUUGACUUAUUCAGAGAACUGUCCCCUGGUGACGUUUUUGUAGGAUAAGCCCAUCCUGACACUGCUGAAAUUCUCUUUCUUUGAAAAAACCAAGAAACUAGAAUGUUUUGAGUUCAUAAAAUAACCUCUAAAUCCUGUUAGGUUAAAAAAAGUGAUUUCUCACAAAAAACUAGCUUAGAAAAAGCUCAGUUCCUCAAAAAUUGUCAUUUAAAAAUCGACAACUAUUCUCAGUUCCCUAAAUUAGCUGGAGUUGGAACACUUUAUAAUUUGUACCUAAAGAAUUUGAGUUAAACUCUUCUUAAUGGCAUUCCUACUUACUACCAUUUCAGCUCUUUUUGACCAGGACAGUUGAAAAUUAGGGAAACACAUCAAAUCCAAGAGGACUCUAACAAUUACUUAAAAGCAUUUAUGUCAUAAUUAUAAUUUUCAUUUUUUCCAUAAAAUAAGCAUUAUGAUUGCACACUCCUAUUGUCUGAAUUUAUGUAAGAGGUAUAGCUUGCUUAAAAUAUAUAUGUAAAGUUAUAUUUUUCUUAGAAACAUGGAUGUUUGCAAGCAUUGCUUUCAAAGAGAUUACCGCCGUGCAUUCUUGUUUUAUGUUUUCAUGAAGACUGUGUUAUACCAGAGGCUUCUGAUGAUCCAAGUGAUAACCAGUUUUUUAAACUGCCUGUAUGUACCAGAUUUGUGAACUAAUUUUUAAAAAAACAGAAAAAACAUGAAUAAAAUGGAGUUUGCAAACUAAA